GUCAAGGUACGUGUUGCAUGCUUGGAUUUCUAGGAAAAAAUUUGAAACUUCAGUUUGAGUUUCGUUUUAUUUGAGCAGUCAAAAUCUGAGUAAAAUUCCAGGCUCAAAUCCAAGGUUUGAUUAAAAUGUUUUGAGAAAUCUAGGUCUGAUCUCUUCCAAAUAAGGAUAAAGGCUUGCUCCCUUUUCUCAUUUUAUUUUUUUUGAUAUCUGAGAACACUGACACACUCUCAUGCUGGGUUAGCCUGAGCUACAACCUCUCUGAAGACAUAUGGCCGGUUGCGUAUCUGUAGUUCACAUAAGCAUAGCUCAGUGGUUGAUCUACAAAUCACGUAAGCCGGGUUUAAAUGCCAGGUGAGUCGGAGUUACCUGAGUACAAAGUCUGUUGCCCGCUUUAAAACUAAACCAGGCUUACCUGAUCCAUACUUUCGACGGCACAAAGAGAAGAAUAUCAAAAAAUUCAAAGUCUCCAAAUUUUACUGCUUUGGAAAAGACCGUUUUAUUGGAGCUCAUUGAUUCCAGGAAGGAUGUCAUUGAAAAUGAACAAAACGAUGACAAAAUGGUAUUAAAGAAAAACUCAGAAUGGGAAAAAAUUACGACUGAAUUUAAUGCCAGUCAUGGUGUUCAUCAAAGGACAUGCAUUCAACUGAAGUCUCUCUGGAAAAAUAUGAAGUCCAGGACGAAAACGGCCGUUGCAAGAGACCGAAGGGAAAAAGCAAAAACUGGUGGGGGUCCACAAGCGGAUACGGAAUUAGACAGCCUGCAUACAGCAAUAUCAACAAUGCUUCCACAGCAAAUUAACAGCAUUGGCAAUGAAUUUGAUGAUGAUGCUGCUUUGCAUGGUGACUUAGAUAAAAAUACCAGUCCCAAUAAAGAGGCACGUUGUGUCGUGUCAUGUAAUGAAAUGCCAUCAGCUCAUAAUUCCGCAUCUACGACACCACCAAUCAUUAAGAGGAAGCUCUCCGGUAAACAGGAACAGGUGAAAUCCAGACUGCUGGAGAUGGCGGAACAUGCUGCAAAGAUGCGUGUAUAUCAAUUAAAAGAAGAUAUUCUCAUUCUUAAAAAGCGUAAGCUAGAAGAAUCUCUGUCCAUCAGUACUGAAACAAAUAGACCUAGCACAAGUAACAGUGUUUGUUCUGCAUGGAGACCACUUUAAUAUUGUUUGUCUCCAUACGCCAAAUAUCAAAAUAAAAUACAUUUAUACUAGU